UCGUUUUUUUCCGUGUCGUACUUCCUACAGAAACGCCUCGCAGACCGUUCAAGAAUCCUCCAUCAGGGAAAGCGUGAAGAUGUCUGGUGUUGCCCUCGGUCAGUUCAUGUAUUUUGCUUUUGGAAGCAACUUGUUGAAGGAAAGGCUACAGCUGGCCAACCCCACAGCGACGUUCUUCUCUACGGGUCGACUGAAGGACUAUAACCUGAACUUUGGCCUGUGGGAAAAGAAUGUGGAGAGCGCGUGGCACGGUGGGGUGGCCACCAUCGAGUCCUCCCCAGGCGGGGAGGUGUGGGGGGUGAUCUGGACUUUGAGCAACGAAAACCUCCCAAGUUUAGACAAACAGGAAGGCGUGAGCCUGGGACAGUACUCCCCGCUCGAGGUCACCGUGGAGUCCGAUCAGGGGACGAUGCUCUGCAGGACGUAUCAAAUGAACAAUUUCCACGCCUGCCCUCCUUCUCCUCAGUAUAAAGAGGUGGUGUGUUUGGGUGCAGAGCAGAAUGGGCUUCCAGUGGACUACCUGAAGAGGCUUGAGGCCGUUCAAACCAACAACUACAGCGGCCCGUCGCUUCUCGAUCAAAUCAGAACUGCCAUGAACGAGAGAUCCAAAGGUGUUUGAAGCCGGAAACUGGACUUUUGUGUUUUGAGAACACAUAAAGCAAGACAUGGACCUGGUAGUGUGAUCAAUCUCAUCACGUGACACCAAAAUCAGGGCUGGAGUCACUGGAACCACAUUUCAGUUGAGGAUCUCAUAUCCAAGAUCAUUCCAGUUUUUCUAGAGUGGAGGAAAUUAUAUUGAUUAGGCAAAUUUGCUAAUAACUUUUUUUGCAGCUAUAAAAAAAUCUGUUGAAUUUAAGUGACAUUUCACUUACAAUGGUUAACAAAAACAUGCCACAUCAUGAGCAGAUUCACAAAGAAGUAAAAAAGAAAGUAUUUUAUUUCAACAGUAUGUUAAUUUAAAACUCAUAGGAAAAGAUUUCAAAUAAAAUGUCUCUUUCAUACAAGGAAACAUAUUUGACUAUUGUUUCUAAGUUUUGGUUCAUACGCUCUACAGCAUCAGUAGCUUCCUGGAGUCAUUUUAAACUUUUGUCAUAAUAGACAUAUGAGGAGUUAGUGUCUCCACGAGCCGCGGGACCAAUGAGUUUGUUGAGUAUUCUUGAAAAUUAGCAUUGAGAAGUUCCCCCACAUGCAACAUAAGUGCCCAUUUACCUACAAGAAAGUUAUAUUUUAAGCAUAUUGGAAACAUGAUAAAAGUCUUUGCAAGAACAGGUGUUGCUCUUAAACGCUACCUCUGAUAUAUCCAUAUAAAACCAUCAAUUCACAACCAUCUCAGCAUCAGUCCUUCAGAGAGGACCAGUGUCUCCCACUGGGAUGCACAACUAGACACCUCACUGUGUAAAGUUGGACCCUCCAGGAAAGUAUUUAGGGUCAACACAAAUGAAAAAGUCUUGCACAAUCAUCUGAAUAUCAUUUAGAAUUAAUCCACAUCUUUAUUUUCAACCGUUUAUUUUCCUUCAAAGUUUUGCUUAAUUCUGCAAUACGUCACUUAUCAAGCUAUUCAUGACUCAUUUUUUAAAUACUUGGAUAUUCUGUAUAAAUUGACAAUAAAACGUUCAAUAUUAGCUGGAUCACGAUGGCGAUAUAAUAGUAAUAAUAGUAAUAAUAAUCUCCCUUUUUUAAAUUACAACCUGUCUUCUUGGAAAGUUUAAAUAAAUGGGAGUUUGGCACAUUUGGCAGGUCCCCUCUUUAAUGUCAAUCUUUUCUUUCCAAUGAGGUUGUAGCUGAAUUAAAUUAAAAGUGCAAGGUAGACAUGGGGGGUGAUGUUAAGAAACAUCCACAAGACUGUACAUUUAUCAGCCUUUUAUUGCACAUAAUGCUUUGCAGAUAUUGUGUGAUCCUAAAUUUGAAAUGUGUUCAUUGGUAAGGAGUUUUUUAUUUGGAAAAAAAAAAAAAAAUCAUUUAUGUCAAAGGAAACCACUUUAUUACUUUUACAACACAGUGGCAUCGAACAGGGGGGCUUUUUUUUAUCUAAUUCAACAGUUUUCAUAAUCUAGGAUUUAUAGAAAAUACAAGUAUAGUAGAAAACAACCGUCAGGAAUAUAGAAGCGAUGCAAGGACACCCAGCAACAUGAUACCAAUCGUGUUGAAUCUAGGGGGGAAUUGAAAUGUGCAGAGUUCACCAUGGCACCAAUCAUGUUUUGUUCUGACAAUAAAACAAAGACUCAUGCAAACCACAUGGCCAAUAAAGUGUUC